GCGGAACGGAAGAAAAAGUGGUGCGUUGUGCGUGUGAUCCGGCGCCGGAACCAGUAGGAGAAUCGGACGCGGACCGUUUCUGCGCGAGCGACGGGUUGUGUUCCGCGUGUGGCGUUUUGACGUGGUUCCGGUGAAGAAAUUCUGCAGUCGCCGCCGCCACUGGCCGUCGUCGUCAUCGAUUUCCGCAUAUUUUAAAGUUUUCUACGUCGGAACGUAGCAGCGCCGCCGUCUGCGGGAGUUUGGUGGCAGGUGCCGGUGGAGGAGGAGGAGGUGGUGGCAAAGGGAGCAAAAUUCGUCCGCAGUUGGUGUCCGCUUUGACGGCGACGGCGACGACGACCACCACCCAGCAGCAGCUGAAGAAGAAGGGUGCCGGAAUGACCUUGCCGAGCAGUGCCCGGGUUUACGCGGACGUGAAUUCGCACAAGCCGCGGGAGUACUGGGACUAUGAGAAUUACGUGGUGGACUGGGCCAACCAGGAUGAUUACCAGCUGGUGCGGAAGUUGGGCCGGGGCAAGUACAGCGAGGUGUUUGAGGCCAUCAAGAUUACCAACAACGAAAAGUGCGUCGUGAAGAUCCUGAAGCCGGUCAAGAAGAAGAAAAUCAAACGCGAGAUUAAGAUCUUGGAGAAUCUGCGCGGCGGAACCAACAUUAUUACGCUGCUGGCCGUGGUGAAGGAUCCGGUUUCGCGCACGCCGGCCCUCAUCUUCGAGCACGUCAACAACACGGAUUUCAAGCAGCUGUACCAAACGCUGACCGACUACGACAUCCGGUACUAUCUGUACGAGCUGCUGAAGGCCCUCGACUAUUGCCACAGCAUGGGCAUCAUGCACCGUGACGUGAAGCCGCAUAACGUCAUGAUUGACCACGAGAAUCGCAAACUCCGGCUGAUCGAUUGGGGUCUGGCCGAGUUCUACCAUCCGGGCCAGGAGUACAACGUGCGCGUUGCCAGCCGGUACUUCAAGGGGCCGGAACUGCUAGUCGACUACCAGAUGUACGACUACUCGCUGGACAUGUGGUCCCUCGGCUGUAUGCUCGCGUCCAUGAUCUUCCGGAAGGAGCCCUUCUUCCACGGCCACGACAACUACGACCAGCUGGUCCGCAUCGCCAAGGUACUCGGCACCGAGGACCUGUUCGCGUAUCUCGAUAAGUAUAACAUCGAGCUCGAUCCGCGCUUCAACGAUAUCCUCUCGAGACACUCCCGCAAGCGAUGGGAACGCUUCGUCCACUCCGAGAACCAGCAUCUGGUGUCGCCGGAGGCGCUCGACUUUCUCGACAAGCUGCUCCGUUACGACCACUACGAGCGGCUGACCGCGCGGGAAGCCAUGGAACAUCCCUACUUCGGGAUCAUCGUCAACGGUCAGAUGCCCCCGCCCUCGUCCUCCACGAAAGGGAGCAACCAAUAAGAGAACAAAAAGAGGAGCAACGCGAGAGGAAAACCACACACUGUUGAAUUGUAACCAACCACACAUCAAAUAACUACAAUAAAAGAAAAAUGAUGAAGUAUAACACUAACUAUUACAAGAAAAAAAAAAACAAAAAAAAACAUGGUAAAAACUAAAUUUAUAAGCAUACAUUAAACAAGACAACUCUUCAAACAAACAAAAAAAGAAUCGCUGAGAACAAGCCGCGCGCAGCUACUGGAAAACAACAACAACAAACCAACCUGGGAACGAGGAGCGCAGAUUUUGCAGAAUAUUACGUUACGUUACACACUACCUACUUCUACCUACUACCCAUUUUGCUUCUGUUGCUUCAAUUGAAUUGCGAGUGAAAGGGUGCGAGCGCGUGAGUGUGAAUGUGUGAAUGGCAGUGCUUCGGAAUACUAACUAGGAAGAGCGGUUGAGUCUACUAAAAAAGCAAAACAAAACACCGCCCUGGUGCAGCCGGAAAUUGAACCAACGAGGGCAGUGAUGGACUAGUGGUUCGAGAGAACUGGAUGAAGACGAACCCAUGGCAGCCUGAUACGAUCUUUUUGUUGUUACAUUUGUUUGAAAGUGCAUUAUACAAACGCUUUCAAGAAACCGUAUAGGAGAAUUUAGCAAAAUGAAACUGCCACCGACAGCAAGAGUCCGCACACACGCCUUCAAGAAUCGGACCUCUCCUAGCAUCGAUCUCCAAGCCGCGCGAUUGAUUCAGCAAAGAAAGAAGUUGUUCACCAAAAGUCCAAGCAAAGCAAAAAAAAAAACGCCGUUCCCCCCUUUUCUUCCCCUUUUCCUCAAAUUUUACUUCAGUGUAAAACACUGCGGGAAAAAACAGACAAGAACAAACACUCAUCAGAAAAAUUCGAAUCCUUUUCCUAGCCCAUUUUUUUUUUACGAGGACGCGUUUUAUUUUGUGCGUCGUCUGCUGGCUCUCACCCAUGUACAAUAGUUUUCACAAGAAGAGAAAGAAGCUAAAAGUAUGAAAGUGCGAAACAAGUUAAAGGAGUAGAAGCAGAAGAAGGAAAAAAAACUGAUCAAUAGUCACAGAAAAAAUGAUGAAUUCGGGAAAUAUACAAUUUUUCAUUUGACAUGAAGCACGCAAACGACUUUUCAUUGCCCAUUUGUUUGAUGAUUGAUCGCAAAACUAUUAUUAUAAUUAUGACCUACUAUUAAAUGUGAACUAUUAUUAUUUUUCUCUUGCAAUGUAUAGUGCGUACAAACGAGACGUGUGUGUAUGGAGAACAAAAAGAAAACAAACAGAAACAAAAAAAAACAAAGCAAAACCGGUAAUUUUCUGCUGAGCGAGUCCAAUUGAUUCGAAAUUUAAAACCAACUGAAUGAUUAAAGUAAAACAAGAAGAAAAAAAAAAUACUUUUCAAAACUCUGCUUUUAAAGAAAAUCCAAAAUGGAAGCUGAGCGAAAGCACUUAAUCCAGUAAAAAAAAGAACAGAUAGUUGUAAUAGGGACGAAGUAAUUAUAGAACAAAAAAAAAUAAUUAUAACAAUAUUUAAAUCAAUAAUAAAACGAAACGUUA